ACCGCGGAAGUGACAGUCAACUUCUCAUGUUGAUGCGGAAGAAAGAUUUUUGAGAAAGGAGUUUUUGUAAAAUGAAACAUAAGUAGGGGAUAAAAAGAAAAAAGAAAUAGUUUUCGGCUUUAUAUAUUUAUCUAAAGCGACAGGAAAAAGUCUGACCGACAAACUAAUGGCAGGUGGUAACUUACAGAAAGCCAUAGACCUCGCCAGCAAAGCUGCAGUGGAGGACAAAGCCAAAAACUACGAGGUGGCCCUCAAAUGUUACGAGAAUGCUGUGGAAUACUUCCUUCAUGUUGUCAAGUAUGAGUGCAAAGGUCAACGAGCGAACCAGAGCAUCAGAGAAAAGUGUGUGGAGUACCUGGACAGAGCCGAGCAGCUGAAGACGUAUCUGAAGGAUAAAGAGCAGCAGAAGGCAAAACCUGUGAAAGAGUCUGACGACAAAGGGGAUGAAAGUGGCGAUGGGGAAGACGCAGAGAAAAAGAAGUUCCAAAACCAACUCUCAGGUGCCAUCGUCAUGGAGAAGCCAAACAUAAAGUGGGACGAUGUGGCCGGACUCGAAGGAGCCAAAGAAGCCUUAAAAGAAGCCGUGAUCCUGCCCAUCAAAUUCCCUCAUUUGUUCCAAGGAAAGAGAAAACCUUGGAGGGGGAUCCUUCUGUUCGGACCUCCAGGAACAGGAAAAUCCUACCUGGCCAAGGCAGUGGCCACAGAAGCCAACAACUCCACCUUCUUCUCCAUCUCCUCCUCUGACCUCGUGUCCAAGUGGUUGGGGGAAAGUGAAAAGCUGGUGAAGAAUCUCUUCAGUUUAGCCCGCCAACACAAGCCGUCGAUCAUUUUCAUCGAUGAGAUCGACUCCCUCUGCGGCUCCAGGAGCGAGAACGAGAGCGAAGCAGCACGCAGAAUCAAGACAGAGUUCCUGGUCCAGAUGCAAGGUGUUGGAAAUGAUAAUGAGGGAGUCCUGGUCCUGGGAGCCACAAACAUACCGUGGACGCUGGACUCGGCUAUCAGGAGACGGUUUGAAAAGCGAAUCUACAUUCCUCUGCCGGAGGAGCACGCCCGCUCCUUCAUGUUCAAACUGCAUCUGGGCUCCACUCCCAACGAGCUGACGGAGGCGGACUUCAUCACUCUGGGCAAAAAGACAGAGGGCUACUCCGGUGCGGACAUCAGUAUUGUAGUUCGAGACGCCCUCAUGCAGCCCGUCAGGAAGGUUCAGAGUGCCACUCACUUCAAAAAGGUUCGCGGCUCAUUAUGGAACAAACCCAGCGAUGUGGUGGACGACCUCCUGACCCCGUGUUCGCCAGGUGAUCCCAACGCCAUAGAGAUGACGUGGAUGGACGUUCCUGGGGAGAAACUUCUAGAGCCACUCGUGUCCAUGUCUGACAUGAGGAGGUCAGUGGAAGGCACCAAGCCGACAGUGAAUGAGAACGACUUGGAGAAGCUGAAGAAGUUUACUGAGGAUUUUGGUCAAGAAGGCUGAUAAUACUUGCACUCUACUCAUAUAAUAAGACUGCAACUAACAAUUAUUUUCACUUUCAAUUAUGCUUUUGAUUAUUCCAUUAAUCUUUUAGUCCUCAAAGUCCAUCACAGGUUACUGCAGCCCAAAGUUGUUAAAUAUAUGUAAUGUAAAUAUUUCUGAAAAGAAAAUUAAUAUUAAAUAAAUGUUUCAGGCCCCAAAUGAGCAUUUGUGUAUCAGUCAGUCACCCCGAGUUAUGUUGAAUUUGUGAGGAAAACUUAAUUUACUUGCAUGCAAUCCAGAAAGUUUAAAAAUGUAAAACUAUAUCA